CUAGACGUAUGGGUAUAAAAGUUCGUGUGAGACGUGUAGCAAUCCUACAAUGUAGCUUUUAAGCCACUAUUACAUCUGUCGUGUUCUUUUUUUUCAAUCAAUUGUACUUCUCAAAACAAUGAGCAACAAUAUCUUAACCGACGAAGAGGUCUCGCGAGCGGCUCAUCUUCUAGAUGCACAAAAUAAAGCCGUCCAACUCUUUGAGGAGAUCGAGAGGGAUCUCAUCCGCCCAGGUAUCAGUGAAAAGGCAUUGAGUGACGAAAUCCACCAACUUGGAGCCAAACGUUACAAUAUUCGAACUCAUUGGCAUAAGCGAGUGAUCCGAAGCGGACCAAACACAUUGAAACCAUUCGCCGACAACCCUCCAGACCGUAUCAUUGAGCCGGACGAUAUCUUGUAUGUCGAUUUAGGACCUGUCUUCGAAGCCUGGGAAGCCGACUUUGGACGUACCUUUGUUCUCGGAGAUGACCCCAAGAAGAAACAACUACGCGAUGCAUUAGAGCCCGUGUUCAAUACGGUCAAGGCGCAUUUCCAUGAGAACCCAGAUCUGACGGGCGAGGAGCUAUACGAUGUCGCAUCUCAGGUCGCCAACCAGUAUGGGUUUCGGUUCGGUGCCCAACUGGCUGGUCAUCUGAUUGGGUCAUUCCCACAUGAACGUAUCCCAAAUGACAAAAUUACGCUUUACAUCUCAAAGGGUAAUAAGACCAAAAUAAACAGCCCCGGUCCUGAUGGACAUAAGCGGCAUUGGAUUCUGGAGAUCCAUCUUCGUGACCCUGAGGAGACUAUGGGCGCUUUCUACGAGCAACUUCUGACGGUCGAUUGAUGUUGAUAUCUGUCGGAUAUAUGGAGAGUUCCUGUUGGAGUUCUUGCCUACAUGUCAUAGAGCUGGCCUCAGAGAAAGAAGGUCACCAUGAUCCCUGAACGAGGUACACCACUGAAGUCAACAUCCUUGAGCAGCCGGGUUUCCAAUCGAUGUAUCCAUAUUCAUUAAUGAGGUUCUACGGACUCUUCUGCAUCUGUAGAACUUAACUGAAUGUGUAGAGAUCGCGUCAGCUCAUGAUAGGAUGGCAUCCGCCAUAAGAAAUGGUUUAACCUCGAUCUAGUCGUCUGAGGAUACUUGAUCAAUUAAUUAUGUUAUGUCGAAUAUCGAAUGGCACGCAAGCAAGGUUCUGACCUGAACAACUUGAAUAAUUGCUUGCUUGCUUUCUUGCUU